UUUGAGCACUUUUUUGCUUAGGUGUGUGUUUAUAAAGAUAUACAUAACCAUAACCCUCGAGGUUGUGCUGACAAAAAGACACAUUCUUAUAACCCCUGUAUAAACAUUUGAACAUAUUAAUGGAAACUAACGGUAAAUAAUACAACAAAUUAUUUAAAGGAUUUUUGUUUGUUUCUUUUAUUAGCAGAGCGUGCGGUUCUCGCUGAGAUUUGGACGCUCGCUCUUACUAGAAACAUAAAAACACAGACGUUAGAAGACGAAAAAAAAGGCAGAAAGUUCUCAGUGACAGUGAAAUAUUGUCUGAGAAGCAGCAGGCGUGCUUCUCUCUGUGACUCACUAAUGUCGUCUCUUAACAGCCAAAUAUAAAUAGUACGCCCAGGACUAUAUAGCCUUAUGUGCUUUCGAUCAAAGGUCACGGCAGGUGCUGAGACAGGUGAUUGUCUUUGGGUGGAGUGUCUUGCUCGGACUCGGGUGGUGGUCACCAACACUGUCAUUCGUGUGUGUGUGUGUGUGUGUGUGUGUCUGCGAUAGUAUCCAAGUGGAAACCUCCCACGUUACUGUGCUUGUGAGUUCAAAGGACACACAAGCCCUGCCCUUGAGUGUGUUCCUGCGAGAGCGCAGCAGCAGCAGCAGCAGCAGCAGCAGCAGCAGCAGCAGCAGCAGCAGCGUUCUUUAUCUGGUGGAGGUUCUGCUGCAAGUCGGCCACUGGAAUCACUUUCUUCUGCUGGAGCUCGUCCACAGACCACAGCCAACAUGCCCAAGACGGUCAACGUUCGCGUCACCACUAUGGACGCAGAGCUGGAGUUCUCCUUCCACCCGUCCACCACAGGGAAGCAGCUCUUUGACCAGGUUACAAGGACCAUCGGACUCCGUGAAGUUUGGUACUUUGGGCUCCAUUUCGUCGACAUCAGAGGACUCACCUCAUGGCUGAACUUUGAAAAGAAGGUGAUGUCCCAGGACAUGAAGAAGGAGGUUCCUCUGCAGUUCAAACUGAGGGCCAAGUUUUACCCGGAGGACGUGGCUGAGGAGCUGAUCCAGGACAUCACCAGGAGACUCUUCUUCCUGCAGGUGAAGGAGGACAUUCUGACCGAGGACAUCUACUGUCCUCCCGAGUCUGCCGUGCUGCUCGCCUCCUACGCCGUCCAGGCCAAGCACGGAGAGUACAACAAGUCAGUGCACCACUCGGGUUACCUGUCCACCGAGCGCUUGCUGCCCAAAAGAGUUCUGGAACAACAUAAGCUAUCCAAGGAGCAGUGGGAAGAGAGAAUCCUGGGCUGGCACAAGGAGCACGGAUCCAUGCUCAAGGAGGAGGCCAUGCUCGAGUAUCUGAAGAUCGCUCAGGACCUGGAGAUGUACGGCGUCAACUACUUUGAGAUCAAGAACAAGAAAAACACGGACCUGUGGCUCGGAGUCGACGCCCUGGGACUCAACAUCUAUGGGAAAGACGACAAGCUGACUCCAAAGAUCGGAUUCCCCUGGAGUGAAAUUAGAAACAUUUCUUUCAGUGAUAAGAAAUUUGUCAUCAAACCCAUCGACAAGAAAGCCCCAGAUUUUUUAUUCUACGCUCCGCGGCUGCGAGUCAACAAACGCAUCCUGCAGCUGUGCAUGGGAAACCACGAGCUGUACAUGCGCCGCCGCAAGGCCGACAGCAUCGAGGUCCAGCAGAUGAAGGCUCAGGCCAAAGAGGAGAGGCUGCAGAAGAAGAUGGAGAGGGAUCUGCUGGAGAGUGAGAAGAAGAAGAGGGAGCUCAUCGAGAAGGAGAAGGAGCAGAUGGAGACUGAAAAGCGGGAGAUGAUGGAGAAGCUUUACCUAUUUGAAGAGACAACCAAGAGGACAGAGAGAGAGCUUCAGGAGCAGCUGGACCGGGCCGUAAAGCUGGAAGAAGAGAGGCGGAGGGUGGAGCAGGAGGCGGCCCGGCUGGAGACUGAGAGGAUGGAGGCCAUUAUCGCCAAGGAGGAGCUGGCCAGGCAAGCUGAGGACCAGCUCAAGAGCCAGGAGCAGCUGGCUACAGAACUGGCCGAGUACAGCGCCAAGAUCUCCCUGCUGGAGGAGGCCAAGAGAGUCCAGGAGGAGGAGGCUGAGAUAUGGCACUGCAAGGCCAAGGAAGUGGAGGAGAACCUGCUGAAGACGAAGGAGGAGCUGCACUUUGUCAUGGCCACCGCAGCCGUGGCUCCCGCACCUGCUCCUCCCGCUUCCUCCUCUUCUUCCUCCUCGGACAGCGAGAGCGACCACGAGCACAGCGAGGAGAACAGCACCUACAGUGCCGAGCUGCACUCGCAGAGCAUCAACAACAUCCACCACCAGGAGGAGGAGGAGAGGAUCACUGAGGCCGAGAAGAACCAACGCCUGCAGAGGCAGCUCAUGGCCUUGAGCUCCGAACUGGCAGAAGCCCGUGACGAUAACAAGAAGACCAAGAACGAUCUUCUCCACGCCGAGAACGUCCGAGCCGGUCGUGACAAAUACAAGACGCUGCGUCAGAUCCGUCAGGGAAACACCAAGCAGAGGAUCGAUGAGUUUGAGGCUUUGUAGAAACUUCAGACACUCAAAGAUCUCUCUCUCUCUCCCUCUCUAUCUCUCUGAAUUACCUCAUUUCUCCGUCCCAUUCCUACAUUUUUUAAUUUAAAGUGUGAUGUAAAUGCAGCCACAGCCAGAAAAAAAAAACCCAGAAAAACAUAGAGCUGCUAUUUGUAAUUGUUGAUUUGUAUCAGUCAAACUUUGUUUUAUGUUGAUGAUGUAACAUCUCCAAUAUUCUGUGACGUCCAAUAUAAACAUGCUCCAAUGUAAACAUACUGCAAACAUGCCAUAAAGCUAAUUAAAUACAUUUCAUGGAGUAAAUGUAACAUAUGGUAACCACGUAUAGAGCUGCAAGUCAUUAUUAUUUUAUGUGUCAAAUGAUUUCAUUUCUCUGAUUAUUUGUUUUAGCUAAGUGAGAAAAGUCAUACUAUACUACCAAAACAUUAAUACAAUAAAAUAUAGAUAAACACCAAAUUCGGACUUUUCAGAGGCUGAAACAAAGAGAUUGUGGUGUUUUGUUGUUUUGCUUCAUAAAUGAAUAAGUUAAUGAAUUUAAAGUGAAUAAUUAUUUCAUAAUAAUUUUCUGUCAAUCAAUCAUCUAGUGCCCCCUACCGCCACUCUCUUUUGUAACCUACUUUAUAAUAAUGUUUAAAUUCAUUGGCUUUAUGAUUGAUUUUACAUGAUCAAGUCUUUAUAUGCAGAGUUUCUUUUAAUCUCCUGAAACCUGACUUUUUGUUUGGAAUGCAUUUUUACUCCUAAAUGUCUAAAAUGUCUACGAUAAACAUGAUGUAAUAUACAGUAUAAGUAUAAAAACUGUAUAAUACAAUGACGCCAAAACAAAUCUAAAACUGUGAAAAGAAGAUUAUUCUCAAAGAAUAUACAUUUAUUUGAACGCCUCAAAGGAACAACACACACAUGCUUUUAGAACAUGGCUGUGCAAAAUAAAAGAGUAAGCGGUUA